GUUGUCCGCCUUCUCCUCGACCGUGGACCAGAUGUGAAUGCUCAGGGCGGUAAAUAUGGCAAUGCACUGCAGGCAGCAGCAGCAGUCGGGAGCGAGCCCAUUGUGCAUCUUCUUCUCGAGGGCGGGGCCGAGGUGAAUGCCCAGGCUGGCUUUUACGGCAAUGCACUACAAGCAGCAGCAGCAGCAGGGAAUGAGUCGGUAGUGCAGCUUCUGCUUGAGCAUCGGGCAGAGGUGAAUGCUGAAGGUGGCGAUUAUGGCAAUGCACUCCAGGCAGCUGUAUUUGCGGGGAACAGGUCAGUUGUGCAGCUUCUCCUCGACUAUGGAGCAUCAGUGAAUUACCAGGGUGGAAAGUAUGGUGAUGCACUGCGAAUAGCUACAAAUAUGGGGGAUUCAUCAGUUGUGCAGCUUCUCCUCAAGCACGGAGUAGAGGCUAACACUCAAAAUUAUGAUUACGUCAAUGCAUUGCAAGUCGCUGCGUUUGCGGGCAAUGAAUUGGUCGUGCGAAGCCUUCUUGAGAUCGGGGUUGACGUGAAUGCUCUGGGUGGUGAAUAUGGAAAUGCAUUACAAGCGGCCGUUCAGGUAGGGAAUGAAUCGAUUGUUCGCCUCCUCCUAGAGGGUGGGGCAGAGAUAAAUGCUCAGGGUGGCCAAUAUGGCAACGCAUUACAAGUAGCCGUUCAGACGAGGAAUGAAUCAAUUGUCCGCCUUCUCCUCGAGUGUGGGGCAGAUGUGAAUGCUCAGGGUCACCAAUAUGGAAAUGCACUACAGGCAGCUGCCCAGGCGGGGAAUAAAUCAGUUGUUCUCCUUCUCCUCGAGCAUGGAGUAGAGGUGAAUGCUCGGGGUGGCCGAUAUGGCAGUGCACUACAAGCAGCUGCUCAGGCGGGGAACAGAUCAGUUGUUCGCCUUCUCCUUCAGCACGGGGCAGACGUGAAUACUUUGGGCGGCCAAUAUAACAAUGCGCUACAAGCAGCUUCUCAGGCGGGGCACAGAUUAGUUCGCCUUCUUCUUCAGCAUAGGGCAGCGGUGAAUGCUCAGG